CAUGAUUAAGUUUUCUUCUCCUUCAUCAAAGACAAGUUGCUGGAGCAGAAGAGGACGCUUAAUUUCUCUUUGACACGCGUCGAUCUCGUCAUACUUGAGAAUAUGCAGUCUCAUGUCCAUAACCCAGCCGAUCCGGCUUCGGAUUCGUUGCCCCCGACUCUUCCGACUGAUGAACUGGCUGGCCAGAAGGGCGGUUCAGCUUUCGGAUCAUGGUCUCAUUUGAUCGCCGGCGCAGCCGGUGGUAUGGUCACAGCGGUCUUGACCAGUCCGCUCGAUGUCCUCCGAACACGGUUACAAACCGACUACUAUCAGACCCAGUCAGCCGGUCGUUUAAUCAAAGCGCCGCACCCCCAGUUCCGCCAGUCCUUCUACCGCUCCUCCAUCGUCCAUUUCCGCGAAACGUUCGCGAUCCUCUUCAACAUCCACGCCGUCGAAGGCUGGCGCGGGAUGUUCAAGGGCCUCGGCCCCAGUCUGACGGGCGUUGUCCCCGCCAGCGCGGUCAAGUUCUACGCAUACGGCAACUGCAAGCGUCUUUAUCCGGAGCUCUUGGGGCUCGAGAAGGACUCGACGCUGGUGCAUGCCCUGUCCGCCGCCAGUGCGGGCGUGGCGACGGGUUCCGCCACCAACCCGAUCUGGGUCGUCAAGACCCGUCUGCAGCUUGAUAAGGCCGGCGCGCGGCGAUAUAAGAACAGUCUGGACUGUUUGAAGCAGAUUAUACAGCAGGAGGGCCCCAAGGGCCUCUACAGGGGUCUAACGGCCAGCUAUCUGGGCACUAUCGAAACGACGCUGCAUCUCGCGAUGUACGAGAAGAUCAAGGGAUUGAUGGCGAAGGAAAUCGACCUCGAGGGGAGCAAGGACAACCAGUUAGUUCAAGGCUUGGCGCUGAGUGGAGCUUCUGGGCUCUCCAAGCUAUUCGCAUGCUUGAUCGCGUAUCCUCACGAGGUUAUCCGCACCCGACUGCGUCAGGCCCCCAUGGCCGACGGCCGACAAAAAUACACAGGGAUCCUCCAGUGCGCGCGACUGAUCCUGAAGGAGGAGGGCAUGAUCGCGCUGUACGGCGGGCUGACGGCGCAUCUUCUCCGGACGGUGCCGUCGGCGGCGAUCACCAUUGGGACGUAUGAGCUGGUUCUCAAGGUCCUGGAGGGACGGUAACUGCAUUUUACCUCACUACUCCCUUUCCAUUGAUACUCCCCUUCAUGUAUUAUAAUAGAUGUAUGUAUGAUAGAUAUAGAACAGGCUGC